GCUGAUUCGGGAUUGUAGGCUCGUGUUCCUCCGCCCCUCCUCAAGGCUUCCGCUUCCUGUCCUGGUGGCUGCGUCCGCUGUAAGGAUGAUCGGAGACAUCCUGCUGUUCGGGACGCUGCUGAUGAACGCAGGGGCUGUGCUCAACUUUAAACUGAAAAAGAAGGACACACAAGGCUUUGGGGAGGAAUCGAGGGAACCCAGCACAGGAGACAACAUCCGGGAGUUCUUACUGAGCCUGCGGUACUUCCGGAUCUUCAUCGCCCUGUGGAAUGUGUUCAUGAUGCUCUGCAUGAUAGUACUGUUCGGUUCUUGAGCCCUCCGUUGAACACAAGCGCUCACUGCUGGAUGUCAAGGCUCCGGUCCUUUUUCUCAUGACUUCAAGAAUGCCUCUUACUGGAAAACCAGGGACCUUCCCAGAAGGCCCGAGCUCACAUGCGUGGGAGUGUCCACCUUCCAGCCAUCUGACCCUUAUCAGCCAUGGUUCCGCCUGUGCUCCGGGGCCUCAGGAAGUCUGUAAGACCGUGACAAGCUCAGGCUCCCUUAGGAGAAAGACACACCUAGAUCAUUCUUUCGUCCUGGCAUCCCAGCCUCUCCAGAAUCCUGUCCCGGGCUGUUUCUUGGUUGGCUUGCUAGUGAUUAUUUUGGUUUGAUUUGUACAGAUGAUGUUUCAUUUUUCUCUUAAGCAAGGAUCUCUCUGUGUCACCUUGG